GCUUGGCAUACCCCGAUGUGCGGUUUCGAGAUGUUGUCGCAACAACUUGUCAGCAAAAGGCCAUGAGUUUCGAUUCCGAGACCUGGAAGAACAAGAAACAAGUCAGGAAGAGUGACGACCGAUGCUGAAUCCAAGCUCAGGUGCCGAGGUGCCUAGCAGAUCGAUAAGUUCCUUUGGAAGGAUAAAAUCGCUCCAUGGACAUGUGAGCCGAGGGUACCUUAACAAGUCUGGGUACUACGAAAUGAAACUCCAGGGACAGUCCAUGCUGGUUCAUCGCCUUGUGGCAUUUGCUUUUUUGGGACCCCCUCCCUCGGGCAGGCAAAAUUGGGUGAACCAUAGGGAUCUCAACAAGGGAAACAAUGCAGUUGAAAACCUGGAGUACGUGACACCGGCUGAGAACACCGCCCAUUUUUUUUCAAACGCGGGCUUCAACCGUGAAGCUGGGUUCAAGCCAGUUUGGAGCAGAGUUCGAGGCAGCAGUGACGCGUGGACGUUGCAUGCCUCCAUGUCUAGCGCUGCGAGGACAUUGGCUGUGAAGACUGGAAACAUUUCUCAUUGUGCCUCCGGACAAAGAAAGCACACUGGCGGUUACGAGUUUCGGCUAGCAGAUGCACUGGAAGAGUCGCAUGGGUCAGCACCGGGUGAAAUUUGGCGUGAGGUGGACGUGCCUGCUUUACUGCGAGACCGGGAGUGGAGAAAGUGACAUGCCUCUGUCCCAAUGGUCCAUUCUGCCUUACCCAGGAUGUCCAUCUCUGCAAAUCGCUGUUUCGAUUACAACGUUUAGCCGUGGGCCUGGGAUGAUGUGACAUUGUUAUAAUGAUUCUGGUCGGAAAGAAUUCCGAGAUUCUGAUGGAAUCUCAUUUCUAUUCAUGCAACUUGUGUGGCCAUUGCACGUGAACGAAAAA